AUGAAACCGUUUUUGCUUUUGUCAGCGCUGGUGGCCUUGGCCAGUGCUGAAGCUGGCUACAGCUACAGCCCCCCAAGUACCUCCUACGGAUCGCCGUCCAGCGGUGGCGGCGGAUUUACCAGCUCCGGAGGUGGAUUCUCUGGUGGAGGCGGAGGCGGAUUUGGCGGAGGCGGCGGCUUCGGCGGCGGCGGCGGAUUCGGAGGCGGAGGUGGUUUCGGCGGAGGUGGCGGAUUCGGAGGUGGAAUCGGAGGUGGUUUCGGAGGAGGCGGCGGCGGCGGUGGAGGCGGCGGAUUUGGCGGCGGCGGCGGAGGUGGAUUUGGUGGCGGUUUCGGCGGUGGUGGCGGUACCACCAUCCAGAAACACAUCUACGUCCACGUACCUCCACCAGAACCUGAAGAAUUUAGACCGCAGAGGCCCAUUCAAGUAGGACAGGCCCAGAAACACUACAAGAUUAUCUUCAUCAAGGCACCAAGCGCCCCAACACCGACUGCCCCAGUGAUCCCGUUGCAACCACAGAACGAAGAAAAGACCUUGGUCUACGUUUUGGUCAAGAAACCAGAGGAAGCGCCUGAAAUUAACAUCCCCACGCCUGCGCCAACUCAGCCCAGCAAGCCCGAAGUAUACUUCAUCAGAUACAAGACCCAGAAAACUACCACCGGAGGUGGCGGCGGAGGGUUCGGCGGCGGUGGCGGUUUCGGAGGCGGCGGCGGCGGAGGAUUCGGAGGUGGCGGCGGCGGCGGUAUCGGAGGCGGCAUCGGCGGGGGCAUCGGCGGAGGCAUCGGCGGAGGCAUCGGCGGCGGAAUUGGUGGUAGCGAUCACGGAGGUAUCGGAGGAGGAAUCGGUGGCGGUUCUGGAGGUGGAGUAUCUUCCAGUUACGGACCUCCAGGAAAAUCCGGACCAUACUAAACGACCACCCUUGCGUUGGCCGCGUUCGUUCAAGAGGGAAGCCCUUAUUCCGACGUUUCAUCGCUCAUUACCUCCAUCAGUACUCAUGACCCGUCGCUUUUUCGAAUCGGAAUACGUCGUUUUUUUCGAGCACGGACCGGCCGCAGUUUCCCCAUUCGUGAUCUGCUGGAUAUUUUGGAGUUGGGGCUGCCGCGUUUGCGGCCGAAGCCGCCCCCCGCCGCGUUUUGAAGACUAAAAACAGGUCGCCGUAUUUUUUUUGUGGGAGGGGGCGCGUUUCGGUCACGCGCGGCGGCCGUUUGUAAAUAUUACGUGCAAUGUUAUUUUUUUUAUAUAUUUUAUAUUUGUAUAUUUUAUUUUUUUACGUGAAAUCAAAAUAC